UUCCGACUCUCAGGAAAGGGGUGCCCCCGGGGGGGGCCCCCAAAUUCACUCGGCGCCGGCGGGCUCGGAGGAAGCGCCGGCUGCGCCCCCGCCGGCCACCUCAGCCCCCAUCAUGGUGGAUGACAAGUUGGAAGAGCUGAUCCGGCAAUUUGAAGCUGAGUUUGGGGAGAAUUUCAACCUGCCGCCCCCCGAAACGCCCGCGCUGCUCGCUCCUGGGGCUGCUGAGCUGCCGGGGGAGCCAGCACCAGCCCCUCAAGGGUCCCCCACCACCGCCGCCGCCGCCCCGGCCCCGAGCAGCGCUCCCCAAGCCGGACCCAAAAGCAUCUCUCCAGGGAAGGGGCUGCUGUCAGAGCCACCCUUCACCGCCCGCUCCCCCAAACAGAUCAAAAUCGAGUCUUCUGGUGCUAUCACCGUGGUGUCCACCACGUGUUUUUACUCUGAGGAAAGCCAAAACCCGGACGUGGACGACGUCGACAGAACACCCACCAAGGACGAGGUGCCGCUGACGCCCACCCUGAGCGGCUUCUUGGAGUCUCCGCUGAAAUACCUGGACACGCCGACCAAAAGCCUCCUGGACACCCCGGCCAAGAGGGCACAGGCGGAGUUCCCCACCUGUGACUGCGUUGAGCAAAUCGUGGAGAAGGACGAGGGGCCGUACUACACCCACCUGGGCUCGGGGCCCACCGUGGCCUCCAUCCGGGAGCUGAUGGAGGAGCGGUACGGCGAGAAGGGCAAGGCCAUCCGCAUCGAGAAGGUCAUCUACACGGGCAAGGAGGGCAAGAGCUCCCGGGGCUGCCCCAUCGCCAAGUGGGUGAUCCGCAGACACAACCAAGAGGAGAAACUGCUGUGCCUGGUGCGGCACCGGGCCGGCCACCACUGCCAGAACGCCGUCAUCAUCAUCCUCAUCCUGGCCUGGGAGGGCAUCCCCCGCACGCUGGGGGACACGCUGUACCAGGAGCUCACCGACACCCUCACCAAGUACGGCAACCCCACCAGCCGCCGCUGCGGCCUCAACGACGACCGGACCUGCGCGUGCCAAGGCAAGGACCCCAACACCUGCGGCGCUUCCUUCUCCUUCGGCUGCUCCUGGAGCAUGUACUUCAACGGCUGCAAAUACGCCCGCAGCAAAACUCCCCGCAAGUUCAGGCUGGUGGGAGACAAUCCCAAAGAGGAAGAGCUGCUUCGGAGAAGCUUUCAGGACUUGGCCACCGAGGUUGCUCCGCUUUACAAGAGGCUGGCACCGCAAGCCUACCAAAACCAGGUCACCAACGAGGACGUGGCGAUCGACUGCCGGCUGGGCUUGAAGGAGGGGAGGCCGUUCUCGGGGGUGACAGCGUGCAUGGACUUCUGUGCUCACGCUCACAAGGACCAGCAUAACCUCUACAACGGCUGCACCGUGGUCUGCACGCUGACGAAGGAAGACAAUCGUGUGGUGGGGAAAAUUCCCGAAGAUGAGCAGCUGCACGUCCUCCCCCUCUACAAGAUGUCCAGCACGGAUGAGUUCGGCAGUGAGGAGAACCAAAACGCCAAGGUGGGCAGCGGGGCCAUCCAGGUGCUCACAUCCUUCCCCCGCGAGGUCCGCAAGCUGCCCGAGCCCGCCAAGUCCUGCCGGCAGCGGCAGCUGGAGGCCAGGAGAGCUGCUGCCGAGAGGAAGAAGCUGCAGAAAGAGAAGCUGAUGACGCCGGAGAAGAUCAAGCAGGAAGCGCUCGAGCUCCCCACACUCCAGCCAAAUGCAGGUAUGGCGUUGAAAGGCGGGCUACCCCCGCAGCCGCUGAAACCUUCCAUCAAGGUGGAACCCCAGAGCCAUUACAACGCCUUCAAGUACAACGGCAACGCGGUGGUGGAGAGCUACUCGGUGCUGGGCAGCUGCCGGCCCUCCGACCCGUACAGCAUGAACAGUGUUUACUCUUACCAUUCCUACUAUGCACAGCCCAAUCUGCCUUCCGUGAACGGGUUUCAUUCCAAGUUCGCGCUCCCCUCCUUCGGGUAUUACGGCUUUUCCAGCAACCACGUGUUCCCCUCGCAGUUUCUCAAUUACGGGGCGCCCGAGAGGAGCGGGAGUGGCUGGGUGAGCAACGGCUACGAGAAGAAGCCCGACGUGUCGGCGCUGCAGGAGAACCUCAACCACACCUACGGGAGCGGCGGUUUCCCUGAGCCCAUCCCGCACGGCGUGCGGAGCAAAAACCAUCACCAGCGCACCUACGAGCGAGCCAACCGCUACGCCAGCCAGCAGAAAGCAGCGGCGGCGACGGCCGGGGCGCACAGGACUAGCUCGGGCUCGGAGGAGGCGCCGUCGUUUGCACAGAACUGUUUCGGCACCCUGCUUGCCUUGCAGGCCCUGAGCGAGGAGAUCAAGCACAUGCACGGCCUGCGGAUCUUCACCUCGGCCCCCAAGGCCUGA